GAAAGAAAAGCUACUGAUAAUUUGGCUGCCAUUCGUUCUUUUUUCGAGAAGUUCGUAGCAAAUUGCCAAAUUGUUUAUACACCAUCUGAGUAUACAACUAUAGAUGAACAACUUCCAUCGUUUCGAGGCCGUUGCAGUUUUCGCCAGUAUAUGCCCAAUAAGCCAAACAAAUAUGGCUUGAAAAUAUAUGCCUUGGUUGAUGCAAAGUCGUUUUACGUCAUCAAUCUUGAAAUUUACCCAGGAAAACAACCAACAGGCCCUUACGCUCUCAGUAACAAAGCUUAUGAUGUUGUGGACAGACUUGUGGCUCCAAUUUCCAAAACCAAUCGCAAUGUCACCUUUGAUAACUGGUUUACCAGUUAUCCGUUGAUGUUACACUUAUUGAAAGAACAUCGUUUGACAAGCACAGGCACUGUUCGAAAAAAUAAGCCCGAGAUUCCAAGUCAGAUGCUCCAAACGCGUAACCGAGAGAUCCCCAGCACAGUGUUUGGAUUUCAAAAGGAUAUAUCUUUAUUGUCCCAUGUGCCAAAAAAAAACAAGGUUGUUUUGUUGAUGUCAACAUUACAUCACGAUGAUAGCGUUGUUGCUGAUACUAAUGGCACACAAAAACCAGAAAUGAUUAUUUUUUAUAAUCAGACCAAGGGAGGCGUUGAUGUUGUAGAUGAGCUGUGCACCAACUACGAUGUUUCGCGAAAUACAAAGCGCUGGCCAAUGGUGAUUUUCUAUGCAGUUUUGAACAUGGCUGGUAUAAAUAGCAUAAUAGUUUACAAGUCCAAUAAUAGUAGCAAUUUGUCACGCCGAAAUUUUCUUAGAGACCUGGGUAUUGGAUUGGUUUCAGAACAUUUACAAAACAGAAAGGAAAAUCAGCAUUUACCCCGAGAGCUUCGCAAACGAAUUCUGGACCAAGUGGAUGAACCCUCACACUCACAACGACCUCCAAAUAAAGUUCCUAAGCCUAUCAGGAGAUGUCAAAUAUGCCCUACUAAAAAAGAUCGCAAGACUAAACACACUUGUUAUAAAUGCAAUCGCUAUUUAUGUAUGGAACAUGCUGUUUUCACGUGUCAAGAUUGCGCUCAAACUGAAGAUGAUUACGAGAACUCUGAAUAACUAUAUAGUAAAAGUUUUGAUCUCAUAUGUUUCCUAAUUUUAUAAGCUAGAAGUAAAAGCUAUUCGUUUUGUUUUUUUUUAGUUUCUUUUUUUUAUAAAAUUAUAAUACUAAGUGUUACACUUUGUUUAAAUGAAAGAAAAUAUUUUUGUUAAUUUCAUAAAUAAAGAUUUAAAAAUAUUUGUUUGCUUUAUUUUUCCUUCCCAAUCAGUUCUUGGGUUAUUACAUAAUUGUACUAGUAAAUAAAAACAUAUAAAAAUAUUAUGAACACAUUAAAAUAUCUAGCUCAAUAUAUGGGUUUGUUACACCCAGCUUACGCUCAAUGUAAUAAAUAUUAACCUUACGCUCGCCGGGUUAAUAGUCUUGAU